AUGGGUACAACAAAAGAGGAGGCUGAGGCCCACGCCGGGGAACAAGCAGAGCUAUCUCUGUCAGCGGUUAAAGAGGGGGCCAAAAAACAGUUAGGUGGGGAGGUACAGCAGGUCAAAGAAGAGGUAGAAGAAGAGACUGAGCCACAACCACCUGCACCCGUACCAGCAGGCAAAGUGCCCACGUCCAGGAAUCCGAUGAAGAAAAUGAAGGAUAAAAUGGCGAAAACGAAUUCGCCUAUGUCUACGAAGAGUGACAAAUCAGGUAAAGGCGGGCAAAAUCGGUGGAAAUAUGUGUCUAUGUGA